UUCCUCCUCCCUCUGCUGUUAGCUGUGCCAUGUGUUUCUCUUCCUCCUCCCUCUGCUGUUAGCUGUGCCAUGUGUUUCUGUCUCUCCUCCUUCACUGCUGUUAGCUGGGCCAUGUGUUUUUCUCCCUUCUCCUUCACUACAUUUAGCUGGGCCAUGUGUUUUUCUCCCUUCUCCUUCACUACAUUUAGCUGGGCCAUGUGUUUCUCUCGCUCCUCUUUAAGUUCUCUCACCUCAGUCCGGAGUGCAGCCUGCUGUUCUGCUCUGUUUUGUGGGUCGGUUCUGUCUGGAGUGUGUGGACUAGGUCUCUGAGCUCCACCAUAUCUCUCACCAGCUCUGUGAAUUUGCAGGGCAGUUCGAGGAUGAGGUGUGAUCAGACACACUCAGGAUGGGGGAGUAAUCACAGAGAGAGAGAUCUUUUCCUGCUGUGCUCUCUCUUUAAUCCCGUAAAAGUCCUGCUGGAACUGCAUGAGGAGGCCCUGCACCAUUACUGUUCCAGACGCGUAUACGUUGACAGAGGUUGUUUCAAUUUCCUCAAUGUCUAGUAUUGAGUUUCCACCCUGGGACAAUACCCUCUCUCUUGACAUUGGGGUAGUGUGCUCUUAUAGCACUGUGCCAUGCCAGGGGAUGGUCUGUGUUAAUAUAACACUGUGCCAUGCCAGGGGAUGGUCUGUGUUAAUAUAGCACUGUGCCAUGCCAGGGGAUGGUCUGUGUUAAUAUAGCACUGUGCCAUGCCAGGGGAUGGUCUGUGUGGAAAAUUAAGUUGCUUACGUUCCCCUCUUUGUAGCAGUCAGCAAAUAGGGUCUCUGGAUUGUCCUUGAGGAGCUUGUUUUUGUACAUAUUCUGUACACUGAUAUUAUUUAUAUUGAAGGUGUACUGUACUGUGAUGACAUCUGCACAGGGAUAUGCCAUGGACUUAGAAGGCCUCUGCAUUUAGGUGCGGGAGGCUGUGAAACUCUCCUGCCAGAGUUUUCACACAUCUCACUUCACACUUCAGUGCUAAUUGAAGUUGCAGCCAGGUCAGUUCGGUCCUAACAGCUUGGUAACUUAGUAGCCUAUUUACUUAGCUUUAUAUAAGAAAAUGACCUAGAGAUUACUGAAUAUUACUCACUCAGUCUUGUGAUGGAUGGUAUUUCCUGGUUCCGCUGUGUUUCUUCUGCAGGUUUUGGUUUGUUAAAGUUUUUUCUUGAUAAUCCUUGGUAGUAAUCCAUUCAGGAAAUUAGUCCAAAAUCAAGGUUUUAGGAAUGUAAUUUGAAUUUAGAUUGAAGAUUUUGAUGUAGAAGGUAGUAAAUCCUGUGUAAAUCCUGGUGAAAAAAAUCUUAGUUUAUCUACAUUUAUCCAACUCUAAUUGUAUUUAAUUUAGCAGAAAGGUGUGGAUCGAGGCUGAUGGACAGAGGUGAUGGGAGCCGCACCCAGUGCCAUAAGUUCAUAGGGAGGAGAGAUCUGUUGUUACAAACCGCCCUCACAGCUUCUUUGGCCCCAACUGCCUCUCCACCUUUCCAGUCAUCUCUUUAUUUUUCUUAGUCUCCCUGUUUUUCUCUUUUUCCUUCUUUCUCUCUAUACCUGUAGCCUACCAACAGCUGUUUGGAUGCUUUAUUUUUGCAUUUACAAACUGUUGUUAUUUUCUUCGCCAACACCAACAGAUUUAUAAACAUUAUGGAUGUGAGUUUUUCAGGGUGAAAUAUUCCCUGGGCUCUGCCCUCGUGCUACGCCGUAAGAGUGACCACAUGAGUUCCGCUGGGUGAGACAAGACCCCCACGGUGCACAUCGGAGUAGCCUACUACCAGCUCUGUGCUGCCUGCUACCAUGGAGCGUUCACGGGUCAGUCUGCUGCUCCUCACGCUCUGCCUUUUACUUACGGAAGUCACCGGGAGAAAUCCCACAUGUCACUUCAUCUGGGAGCUGCAGAGGGCGGAACUAGAAUGUCACAAUCAGCUGGAGAAACAAUCACUAGAGCCUCCCGGCUGUGGUGGUCUAUGGGACAACAUCUCAUGUUGGGCCCCAGCAGCAGUAGGGGAAGAGGUGACUCUCUCCUGCCCCCCUGCUCUCACACACCUCUUCGGACGACAUGGUACCUUUAGUAGGAACUGUACUGAGGCUGGCUGGUCUGACAUCUACCCCAGCAUCAGCACUGUCUGCUGGUCCAGCGACAACAAACCUAACAAGCUGCUGUUCUACUCAGUGGUGAAGACUCUGUACACUCUGGGCCACAGUCUCUCAAUUAUUGCUCUCAUCACCUCUACAUGCACCCUCUGUCUGAUCAGGAGGCUCCACUGCACUAGGAACUACAUCCAUGUGAACCUGUUUGUGUCGUUCAUCUUGCGAGCCGUGGCUGUGCUGGUUAAAGACUCUGUCAUCUUCUCCCAGAACCAAAACACUGACUGUAGCACACAGCCCUCACUGGUGGGCUGUAAGGUCAGUUUGGUGAUGUUUAACUAUUUCAUAAUGGCUAACUUCUUCUGGCUGCUGGUGGAGGGGCUCUACCUACAGACACUGCUCCUGGUAACCUAUUCAUAUACACACCUCGCUGUCUACCUCACAAUCGGCUGGGGGUUACCCUCAGUAUUUCUGGUGAUCUGGAUCUUCUGUAGGAUGUAUCUGGAAGACACCGACUGCUGGGAGAGGAAUGACAUUCCUACCCCUAGGAGGGUGAUCAACUGGCCCAUAAUGGCGUCUGUGAUAAUCAACUUUGUUCUGUUCAUCAGUAUCAUCCGUAUCCUAGUCCAGAAACUACUCUGCUCUGACGUGGGCGGGAACAACCAAUCACAGUACAGGUGUCUGGCUAAGUCCACCCUGCUGCUGAUUCCUCUAUUUGGAGUCAACUACAUGGUGUUUGUCUACCUGGUGGAGACAGAGAGCGACAGGAUGGCAGAAUACAAGAUUAUCUUUGACCUGGGACUGGGGUCAUUCCAGGGUCUGGUGAUAGCUACUCUCUACUGCUUCCUCAACACCGAGGUCCAAGGGGAGCUGAAGAGGAAGUGGAGGAGUGUGUCAUUAAAGCAUUACAUCGGGCGGGACUGCCUUCUAUAUAACGCGUCAAUCAGCCGUAACUCCACCCACUUCCAGCGGAACUCCAGAGCCCAGUCCAUCCUGCAGACAGAGACUACUUCACUGUGACCCGAAAGUAGUUCCACCUCUGUGGCCCAGGAAGUGGAUCUAACACAAUAUAACCUGGAAGUGGAACUAACUCUCUCUUUGACCAUGAAGUGAAGCUGGGGUAAAUCAACCAACACAAGUUGAGGGUCAGCUGAAAACUAGUGGAACACUCCCAUAAAAGACAGACACUCAAUGUUUUACCACAACCGGGAGAGGCUGGAUGUUUGAUUCCACACUGUGGAGGUCUUCAGGAGCUGUCCACACUGCCACAGUGUGUGUGUGUGUGUGUGUGUGUGUGUGUGUGUGUGUGUGUGUGUGUGUGUGUGUGUGUGUGUGUGUGUGUGUGUGUGUGUGUGUGUGUGUGUGCCUGUGUGCCUAUGUGUGUGUGUGUGUGCGUGUGUGUGUGUGUGUGUGUGUGUGUGUGUGUGUGUGUGUGUGUGUGUGUGUGUGUGUGUGUGUGUCUGUGUGCCUAUGUGUGUGUGUGUGCGCCUAUGUGUGUGUGUGUGUGUGUGUGUGUGUGUGUGUGUGUGUGUGUGUGUGUGUGUGUGUGUGUGUGUGUGUGUGUGUGUGUGUGUGUGUGUGUGUGUGUGUGUGUGUGUGUGUGUGUGUAAUGUGUUCUGAAAGCUAAUAAAGAACUUCAUAUAUCCUAUGUUUAUGAGGCAGAAGCCUGGAGCACUGAGCUUUCUGUUUUCCACUGGAAUGGGCUUGGCAUUCCAGGUAUUAUAUAUACACACACACACACACACACGUUAACAUUGCCAGAUCAAGUGAAGGUGAUAAUAAAAAAAAGUGAAAUAAACAAUACAAAUGAACAGUAAACAUAAGAAUACACAAGAAUAAAGACAUGUCAAAUGUCAAAUGUCAAAUAUCAUAUUAUGUAUAUAUACAGUGUUGAAACGAUGUGCAAAUAGUGAAAGUACAAAGGGAAAAUAAAUAAAUCUGUGUUGUAUUUGCAA